AUGUUCAAAAAAUUCUCAAGGAUAUAUUUAAGCAUUAUAUUGUAAAUUUAAAUAUUAUCAUUAGGGUGAAAUUAGUUUAUUGCUCUUGUGAGGUCUUCAAAACAAUUACUACUCCAAAUACAGGAUAAAGGUUAAUUGAAUAAGAUUUAUCAUCCCUUGUUACUUUAGAUUACGCUUGGGGUGUAUGGACAAAAUAUUCUAAAUUUUAUGUUUCAGUUGACGAUCUUUCCUUGCCAAUCUAAAUUAUGCAUGUUCUCACGGAAAAAAAGUAAGAUAUUACAUAUUUGGUUUAUUACAUAAUUUUAAAUUAAGAAGAGAAAUCAUUCACUCAUUGUAUAUACUUAUUUCAUGGAGGAACUUAUCAAAUAAGAUAAUUAAAGAUAGAUUAAUCAAUUGCAAUUGAAAGUUGGGUUUUUUUGUAUUUUUGUUACUAAGAAUCAUCAUCUAGUUAUAACAAUUUCUUAUAUAUAUAAAAGGAUGACGUAAAUGUAUAAAUGAUAGAAGGAGGGCCUUAUAUUUUAGAAAUAACAGAUUAUAAAGAGUAUUUUCUUGGUGGAUCAUCCAUAGUAAGCAUGUAACUUAAAUUAGUUUACUCCUGCUUUUGAUUCCAAAUAGUAGUUAUUGAAAGAGUUUUCUGGAUAAAUUAGUAGCAUGGAUUUAAGAGAAGGUUCAAGUUACUAUUAUGCUGACAUUCCAACAUUCUUAUAAAACAUAGAGUUAGAUUGCCAAGCAGAAGUGUGUGAAAACGUUAUUGAUAUACUAAUAACAGCAUAUAUGAAGAGUGCAACAAUUUUACGAUAACCUAUAGCCUAUAUUAACAGUAAAUUUAUGUUGUCUGGAUGGGUUAAAUUAAAAGAGGUGGCAGAAGUAAUUUAGUAAUUAUAUUUAGUUAUAAACUAUUGAAAGCGUGUUAUUCAGGGCCACCUUGAGAUAUUCAUACUUUCAAGAUAAAUAUCAAGGAGAUAAAGCGAUAUAUUGGAAGUAUAUUUAAAGUUCCCUGAAUGAAAAUUUAAAUGGAUUUUAGGUAACUACUUAUCACAACAAUGAAUCUGAGAGUUUUAAUUCUUAUUAAACAAAAGAGAGUGAUUCUUGGUUAUAAUUAAACUCAUUUUAUUAUGAAGCAUUAACAUUUUGGCAUUGGUUCGUAUAUUAAGAGGGAGUAGAUGAAGUAAAUAAUAUCAAGUUAUCAAUUUACUUUGGCCAUGGAAAACAAGAAUAAAUAUUCACAAUGAAUUAAUAACAUCAGGAGAAUGCCAAAUUAUAUUUUAAUAUUGGAGGGGACAAUUACAAUAAGAAUUUCAAUGGAUCAAUUCGUGAUUUAACUUUUAGGUAUUGUUAUAAUGAUGAUACUCCUAUUCCCAAAAGUAUUUAAAUUAAUUAUUAAUAGAGUGUCAUAUAUCUUGUAAAGCAUGUUUUGGACCACUAGAAAGUCAUUGUUUGACUUGUGAGGAUGUUUCAACAUCUAAAAGAGAAUUAUAAAAGUCACAAUGUUUAUGUUAGGAAGGAUUUGUGGAUGAUGGAAAUCAAAAUUGUAAACGUAUUAAAUUUCACAUAAUAUUAGCUAGGGGAAAUAUUCUAAAAAAUAUCAACAUAUAAGAAGCCAUAAUUUAAGAACAUUUAGGAUGUCAAAGGUAUUAAUUUAAAGUAAUAAUAAAUGGAAAUUCAUAUUGUUUGGAUUGUCCUGGAGCUGAUAACUCUAUUCGGAAUAUAUUGUAUAGAUUGUAUUUAGAAUCCAAACUUAUGGUAUUUAAAUCCAAGAUGCACAACAGAUUAUCUAAUGCCCUUUUCUAAUGAUACAAAUUAUGUGUUUUUGAAAAAAGAUAGAAAAAUAAAAGAUUUUGAAUACUAUUUAAUCAAUUAGUUGAAUAUCACAUAAUAGCCAGUCCUUGAAUCAUGCUUUGGAUGCUUAGAAUAAACUGAAAGUUCUUUCAAUUUUAUUGAAAAAUAUACUUUAAAUAAAAUCUAAAAGUUUUUAUGCAAGAGUUGUUAUUAAUCAAAUAAUUGAGAAUGUGUUAAAGUAAAUAAGAAUUGUAAUGAAUGCAAUAACUAUCAUUAAUGUAUAAGUUGUGAAUUAAAUUACACUCUAUAUGAUAAUAGAUGUUUAGAAUGUCCCUUAAAAUGUCCCAAUUGUAAAUAGAAUUAAACUGGUUAUUAUUGUAGAGAGUGUAUUACAGGUUAUUAUUUUAAUUAAACACUUGAAUAAUUUCAAUAAUGUGGCUAAUUUUGUAAAGUUUGUAUUUACUCUUCUACUUUGAAUAACCUGUAAUGUGUAAGAUGCAUUCAUGAUUAGGAUUAUUUUAUCUCUGCAGAGAAAUUAAACUGCAAAAAAAAAACCUUACCUAACUGUGAGAUUGAGGUAUCAGAACAUUAUCUAGUUUAUUUUAAUUAAAGUUUAAUGUUAGAAGCUUAAUAAUAUAGUAAUUCUCUAGAUAUUGUUACUUUCAAGGAGACCAUUCCAGUAUUUUAAGUUUGUCUAAAGUGUAAAAAUGGAUAUAUCAAUAAAAUGUUAGUUUAUUAAUAUUAUGAAUGUGCAUCAGUAGAGUCUUAAGGUAACUUUUUACCAAAAGAAUUAAAACUUAAAGUAUUAGAAUCUAAAAAUAAUGAUUUUCAAUUAGCUUUAUAUAGUCUACCAUAAAAUCCUUAACUAAAAUUUGUUAUUAUAUAUGGAGAUCGUGUUAAUUCUUACUCUAGUAUUACUACAAUUUCAAAUCCAAUUACUGGAGUAUUUUGUAAUGAUCCUAAUUGUAUGGUUUGUGUAAAUAACUUCAUUUAAGAAUAAUAAUAUUGUAUGUAAUGUUUGAAUGGAUUCUAUUCGAAUACUUUUUUAGGAAAAUUUUAUUAAUGUCCAUCAACUUGUUCUUCAUGUAUUGAAUAAAACAAAGUUUAUUAAGAUGCUUGGAAAUGGCAAUAUAAAAUUAAUUAUCAUUUUAGAAAUUAUUUAUUAGAUGGUUAGCAUAAUUUCAAUGUCUUUGGAACUAAAUUAGAUAUAGAAAAUUUAGAGGUCAUAUGCACAGCUUGUCCAUAAAAUGGUAUACUUUAUAAUAAUAAAUGCUAUCCAAAAUGCAAUUGUGAUUCCUGCAUUAUAGAAAAUGAUUAAUCAGUAUGCAUUAGUUGUAAUAGUCUAAACACAAAAACAGUUUAUCAUGGAUAAUGUCAUCUUUGCCCUUAAUUUUGUUUAAUUAUGUAGAGAAAUUACUGAAGAAGAAAAGCUUAAAAUUAAUCCUUAUUUCUAACCAGAUGAUAUUACACUAUAGAAAUAUGCAUAGUAAUGUAUAAAACGUUAAUCUGAACCUCCAAAAUCUGGAAUAUUGUACUAUGAUCAUACUUUGGGUUAUGAAAUUAAUUGUCUAAACUCUGAAAAGAAAGAUUGUUAUCUUUACCUAGAAAUUCCAAUUAAUUUAUACUGUUCUAAAUCAAUUUUUGAUUAUUAUUUUUAUAGAUUAGAAACUUCAGAAGAAUAAAAUGAAUUUUUAAGUAAAAAUGCUCUUAUUUCUGAAAUUUUUUCUACACUUAAUAUCAACCAUUUCUCUGUAGAAACUAAUUAUCUAUUUAAUGAACUAAACUAAAAAAGUGUGAAAUUAGUGAGAUACAUCUUAAAUGUAUUACCAAAAACUGGGGAUUGUAUCAUAAAAAAAAAUACAUUUAUUAAAUCGGAAAUCCGUCGAAAUGUCUUCACAGUAUAAUAUUUAGAACUAAUUUUAUAAUCCCCUAGCAGUAGAAUGUAGAUUUAUCUAGAUGACAAUAUUACUUUUUAUGAAUUCACUGCAAUCAAUUUAAAAAAUCUUUAGAUUAUUCCAAAUAAUAAUACUACAUCAUUGAAUAUUAAAAAUUUAUAUAGUAUAUCGGUUUUGUUAGAAGAGAUUUAAAUAAAGAAUAUCAAUUAAAAUUAAUUUAAAAUAGCAAUCUAAAAUCCAAAUAAUAUAAAAAUAAAUGAUUUUUAAAUUUUAGAUUCUAAAUUAGAUAAUCUUAAUGGAAUCAUUAAUUAUUACUUUACUCAAAAUUUAACAAAGACUUUAGUAUUUUAAAUUGAUUAAUUUAUAAUAUCAAAUUGUUUUAUAACUAAUUCAAAAUUAAUAGUUUAAAUUUUGGAUACAGGAUAAAAUAAUCAACUACUUAAAGUCAAUAAUUUUAAGUCAUUAAACAAUAAAUAUAUAUCAUCAAUUACUUUCUACACUUAAUUUAAUAAUUCAAAUAGAGAAUCCAUAUUCAAUAUUGAAUAAUUUAAUUCUGAACAUGAUGAAUUAACUAAUUCAAGUCUAUUUAAUAUACCUGGAGUAUUAAAUGUUGAAUUAAUAAACAUUAUAGUUUCUAAUGGUAAAUUUAAUUCUCAAGUCUAAUUAUUUAAACUACCUCUAUUCUCUAUUGACAAUAAGUUAAUAUCAAACAAUAACUUCAAUAGUCCUGAUAAUGUUGUAAUAACAAAUAAAGUAGAUGCUUUAUACAAAGAUAACAUCAAAUCAAAUAAAGUUUCAUUAAAUUCAAUAACAUUUGACAAUAAUAAUUAUAUUGGAAGUAAAGUGUUCUUAGAAUUAGAGCAAAGUGAUCAAUUUUUUGAUUUAAAAGUUAAUAUUAAUGGAUUGACAUUACAUACUAAUAAAUUUACUUAACAAAAUUACAAAGGUUCAGUAAAUUCAGCCAAUUCUUCUCUUUAUUUUGAUGUAAAGGAAAUUUAUAUGGAAAAUGUUAAUAUUAUUAGAACUUUCACUCUUCCAGAGAUAUCUAUUGUUAAUGUUGAUAAAAUAGUGUUUAAAAAUAUAAGAGCUACAUUAGAUUAUGAAUUCAAAAUUAAAUUGUUUCAUUAAUUCGUUUCUUGUCUAUAAUAAAACUAAGAUAUUGGGUAUGGUAGUAUGAUCUAGUUAUAUAAUGUUAAAUUAAUUUAAAUUGAUAAACUUGAAAUUACAGGUUUAAUAAUAAUUAAUUUACCGAUUAUAACAUUAAAAUCAUUAGAAAGAACAAAUUUUAGACAAUCAGAGAAAAUAGAAAUGAAAUACCUUAAUUUGACAAACAAUACAAUUAUUCUUACUAAAUUGUCUGAACAACCUUGUGUUAUUAGCAUAAUAUCUGAAUAAUAAUAAUAAAUUGAUUUGUAAGAUAUUUAUACCUUUAAUAAUCAUCAUCAUACUUAUUAAGAAGAUUAACUAUUCAAGUAAUCAUCAACUAUUUAUAUAAAUAGUCCUAAUUCUAAAAUUAUAUUAAUUAAAUCUAUAUUUGAAAAUAAUAUUAUCACUAAUAAUUAAGGAUCUAAUCUUGUAUUUAAAUGUGGAAAUUUCUAGAUGGAGGAUUGUUAUUUUAAUUCUUAAAAUGAUUUAUAAUAUUAAUAUUUAAAAGAUCGUUUAAUUUGGGGAUAUUAAUAAAAUGAAAUAAUUUUUAUUGAGAAUUUGCAUUCAAUUUUUCCUAUUAAAUCAAAGGG